ACUAACAAGUCAGACUCCUACACAUUAUUUUCUUGCUUAUACUUAUCCCUUCAAACUAAAACUCCUUCUUUAAUUUGAGAGCAAAAAAGAAGGAAAGAAUUCAAGAGUCUGCUUUAGUUUUUCAAGGAUUCAUUAUCACUACCAUAAGGCAUCUGAGGUCAAAUUGCAGCUUGUCCAGUGAAUGGGACUCUCUCUUUCAAUACUGUUAUCAGCAUGGAAUGAAAUUAUAAGGCAUAGUUAUCUUAUUUUUCCAGACACAAUGGGAAGAUCUAUUGUCAGAUCAGUAAGCAUUGAGAGGAAAAAUGGAGAAUUAUCUUUGAGAACACUCAGUUUCAAAGAAAAAGAUGCUAAGAAUGUUAGAAAAUCUGAUUAUUCAGAAGAAAGUCCAAAAUACGAGAAACAAAAGCUUAAAACUUGUACUCCACUUAAUAGUUUGGUUAUUGACAAUGGAAAAAUGGAUUCAGUACCAAGACUCUCAAUUCCAGAACCCUUUGUGUUCUCUUCUCCGCGACCUGUUACUGAGCUUGACGCUGCUGCGACUAAGCUCCAGACUGUGUACAAGAGUUAUAGGACAAGAAGGAACCUUGCAGAUUGUGCUGUAGUUGUUGAAGAGCUCUGGUGGAAGGCCUUGGAUUCUGCAGCUUUAAAACAAAGCUCUAUAUCAUUUUUUGAUGUCAAUAAACAUGAAGCUGCGGUGUCACGAUGGUCACGUGCCAGAACACGAGCUGCUAAGGUAGGCAAAGGUUUGUUGAAGGAUGAAAAGGCUCAAAAACUAGCUCUACAACAUUGGCUGGAAGCUAUUGACCCACGUCAUCGUUAUGGACACAACUUACACUUUUACUAUGAUGUAUGGUCCAACAGCAAAAGCACACAACCUUUCUUCUAUUGGUUGGAUGUGGGUGAUGGCAAAGAAGUAAAUCUUGAGCGUUGCCAAAGAGUUGAUUUGCAACGUCAAUGCAUCAAGUAUUUAGGACCUAAAGAAAGAGAAGCCUAUGAAGUAAUUGUGGAGGAUGGCAAGUUGGUGUAUAAGAAAAGUGGGAUGCUGUUGAAUACAAGAGAAGGAUCGAAGUGGAUUUUCGUUCUUAGUACUUCGCGAACUCUUUAUGUGGGAAUGAAAAAGAAGGGUGUUUUCCAACACUCUAGUUUUCUAUCCGGUGGUGCUACUACAGCAGCUGGUAGAUUGGUUGCUCAGGACGGGAUUCUUGAGGCAUUAUGGCCAUACAGUGGUCACUAUCUUCCUACGGAAGAUAAUUUUAAGGAAUUCAUCAGUUUCCUCGAGGAACACCAUGUUGAUUUGGCUAACGUUAAGAGAUGUGCAAUAGAUGAUGAUAGACCUUCAUCUAACAAAGACAUGGAGAAAACUUUAUCACAAACUUGUGAUGCAGAUGUAGCUAAGGACGAUGGCCCGGUCAGUGAUGUGUCGAAAACAACUGGUGAUCAAGAAAAUUUUAGGCCUACCGGUGAAGACCAGACAGAGGCACCAGUUGUUGACUUGACCAAGCGUUUAUCUUGCAAAUGGACAAGUGGAGUUGGUCCCCGCAUUGGCUGUGUUAGAGACUAUCCCAUUGAUCUUCAAUCUCAGGCCCUUGAAAAAGUUAAUCUUUCUCCGAGGGUUACAUUGUCUCAGCCCAAGAAUUGUUAUCCAAUCCCUUCACCACGACCGAGCCCAAAAAUUCGUGUCUCGCCUAGGCUCGCAUUCAUGGGACUUCCAAGCCCAAGAGUUUCUGUUACUAGCAGUACUUAGGUUGUGGAUUCAUAAGAAAGGUGAAUAAUUUAUUCACUGAUUUUGUUGACCCUUUCAAGUUUUUUUUAGAGAGCUUUUAGUGUUAAGGUAGUUAAAUUCUUUGGUUCCUUAAUCCGGUGUUGUACGAUAUAUGAUCAAGUUUUUUUAGGACUUUAACUGUUAGUUAUGGCUGCAGUCUUUGGUUCCUGAACUCUUUAGUGUACAGAAUAAGAUAAAGUUCUUUAUAAGAAUCAUAAGAUUA